AGUGAUCACGUGUAGGGCAAGACAUACAUACAGGGCUUGCGGUAUCUGUUGGUCGCCUUUCCCCUCUUUCAUUCGCAAAAAAAACAACGAAACGAGCAACCUGGCAAUGGAUUCAGAGCCCAGUGAGGAACUCAAUUUCUGGGAGUGGCUGUUGAAUCCCAACGCGUUCCCCAUCAUCCACGACCACCUCAGACAGUACUUGAACGUCGCCGAGCUUUUGUCCCUGUCCCUAACGUCCAAAAAACUCGAGCCGAUCAGGCACUAUACGUUGAAGAAAGCCGCCAACAUCGAUGCCCUGCUCAAGGACUACGUGCAAAACGCCCAAUUGUUCCGAUCCUACCUCAGGGAUGCCAAUGCAUUGAUCUCGGGGUCCUUUGCCCUCAAUGUGUUCGAGAUGGGACGUUUGAAGGUCCGUAAGAUGGAUAUCUUCGUCGAAGAUGGGCCUAUGGCCGAUCACUUCAUGUUACUUUUGGAUGUAUGGGAACAGUACGAGUCUCAGACCGAGCAGGAUGACGAGCUUCCCCGUACUUUCAAGUUUACCAGCAAGGAGCGAAAAGGCUUAGAGCUUCGCGUCACUCGAACUCCCGGGCCACCUGUUCAACAUAUCAUGACUUCAUCACCCACAACAGCCUGUGUCAACUUCGUCUCGGCGAACAAGGCGUAUUCCAUCUUUCCCCGACCCACCUUCAUACAGCGUCAGCUUGCUCCACUAAGAUCCCUAGACGAUGAAUUGAAUGCUAGGUUGAAGAAACUGCGCCAACAUGGUUGGUCAUCUCGGGAUGUCUUGUGGCCUGGUGAUCAUGGUGGUCAUGGAACGCUUCCCCAGUUCACAGGUCUUCGCCGCGUUGGUGACAGUUCCACUUUGAUCAUCCAGCUGGACCCCAUCACUCAAUUUCGCAUAAUGCGUUUCCCAGAAUCCGCCAUCGAUUACUCUCAAUUCAACAUUGCGAUGUUUGAUCCUGUCGACAGCCGUGCGGAUUGGUCAGCACAAAACCGGCUUCCACCGACUUCCCUCCAGAACAUGAUUCCUCCAACCGCAUUCAUAAAGGUCGAGGGGGAGGCGGUGAGGUCACCCGCCCUGCGCCAUUCCAUCGUCGCUUCCGAUCCAGUCUGGGAAAGUUAUUUGAGGGGACAACUUAACUUUUGGGCUUGGAACGAAUGGUACUGGUUGGAUGCUGAUAAACGUCCUGAACAGGACCCUGAUGCUGUCCCGUUUAGCUCCGAACUUGUUGUUCCGGAGAACUUUGCCUUUCCUGCUUCGUGGGACCAUGCUGACUAUGAAGUCCCGCACUGGUAUCGUGAAUGGAAGGAGGGACGAAUGAUGAUAGGGUGAUAGUCGGGAAAUAGAAGGGGCGGGAGUCGCAGCCAAUGUUCGCAAAAUGGACCAGUGUAUGCCACAGUAUGGAUCACACGUAAAGCGCAGGAUGGAUUUGAACCACUUCGGGGUGUUUUUGUUAAUUGGAUUUCCUUCAGUCCUGUCACUACUGUACAUUUCUAUCGAGAGGGAUUUCUCUGGGCUCAGAAUGAAAGGGUAUUCAACAUACUUGCUUGACUCUUUGCAAAUAGAGAGCUGACUGCAGCCAUCCUUCAACCAGUCUCUUACCCCGCCACUCAGUAAGCUAACGAGUAUUCUACGG